GAGUCCUGGCUGGUGCUUGUGCUGCUGUACUGCACAAGCAGCUGAUCUCUGCACAUAGAUGUCUGACAGUAACAUGUUCAACAGGGACUCGAAUCUUGUGAAAGAUGAGAAUCUGAGCAGAUAGGAGGACGGAGACACUCAAGAGUGAGAAGUCUGACCUGGUUUGGGGAUGAACAGCUGCCAAGUGUUGGGUUUGAAGAUGUGGACCUUGAUGGGAUUUGUCUGUCUGUGGCCCUGUGUCUCGGGAGAGUUGUUUGACACCAAGCUCAAAGCCCCACGACUGAUCUGCAGUGUUCCUGGGUCACCCGGACUGCCUGGCAAACCAGGUCCCAGCGGGCCCCCGGGAGCAGAUGGGAAUGUGGGUAUCCCAGGAAGAGAUGGCAGAGAUGGCAGGAAGGGUGAAAAAGGAGAAAAGGGUGACACAGGAGUGAAGGGCAGGGUAGGCCCGACAGGUAAACUUGGAGAACGAGGUAACCGCGGCCCUCCAGGCAAACGAGGCCCUACGGGAGAGAACGGAGAUGGCGGCUUGCUUGGACCUCCAGGACCCGACGGGGAGAAAGGGGACAAGGGCAAACGAGGACCGCGGGGCACUGCGGGAACCUGCAAAUGUGGCAGCCUCAUGCCUAAAUCUGCUUUCUCUGCGGGAAUCACCAGCAGCUACCCUGCAGAGAAAACCCCCAUUAAGUUCAACAAGAUCCUCUUCGAUGAAGGCGGACACUACAACCCACAGACGGGCAAGUUCAUCUGUGCAUACCCAGGCAUUUAUUAUUUCUCCUAUGACAUUACACUGGCCAACAAACACCUGGCUAUCGGUCUGGUGCAGAAUGGUCAGUAUCGCAUCAAAACUUUUGAUGCCAAUACAGGAAACCAUGACGUGGCAUCUGGGUCCACCGUCAUGUACCUGAAUCCAGAAGACGAGGUGUGGAUGGAAAUCUUCUACCAUGACCAGAACGGUUUAUUUGCAGAUGCUGGCUGGGCUGACAGCCUCUUCUCUGGCUUCCUUAUCUAUGCAGACAGCAACUACUUUGACACACUAGCAGAUGACUACGCAUAGAGCCUGAAAAACUCAAGAGAGAAAACCACAAGCUCCUAUUCACUGUCACACACACACACAUAUAAAGACUAUAUUUUUAUACCAAUAUUUGUAUUGCUAGUUAUAUUAUUAGAAUGGAGACUUAUCUAUUGUUUUAAAAGUAUAUUAUUUGAUAAAGUCUUUAUAUGUUCAUGAUUUAAUUGGAAUCAAAUAAACAUUGUUGAAAUGUAAUAAUGGUUUACAUGUUUCCAUUUGCAAAAAGAAGUAAAACUGAAACAUGUGUGAGACAAAGUUAUUGGACAAUAGAAAGCUGAAAAGUGAAAACAGGCCAGCCAUGUGUUUGUUAUUGGUGAUAUUUCCAAAAACAACAGCUGCAGAGGAGAACUUCCUCCUUUGCUUUAUUUAGUGCAAGAAAUAUUAACACAAAAAAAAACAUAAUAUGAAACGUAGAGACCAUUCUGACGUGGUGGAAAUGAUGGUGCAAUCCUGGCUACCUCAGAUAGCAACAAAAACCAACUAAAACUAUAUCCUGGCCCCUAAAGCCAAACAA